UUGAGCACAUGUCAUUUAGACAGGUCUUGUGUCAGUGAGGGUGCUUUAAAGAUAAAAAGUCCGAAUUGUUAUUAGAAUUACAAUUCGUUUUUAACACUUCUAGAUAAAUUUAAACCAAAUAACCCUAAUUUAAUGCGGUAAUUCAUACAUAAAGAGAUAACUGUAAGUUUCGAAGUACAAAAUGGCUUUACAAGCUGGUCAUAAACUCGGUAAGGCUCUACUGCAAAAAAAUCAGCUAUGGAACGUUUCGAAAAAUAUAGAAAAGUGUCUGGUUAAACAGUACGCUUCCGCGGAAUUGGAAAACGAAAGACCAAAAAAUAAAGUAACUGAAAUGCCUCCUAUGAACGAGCCAGUAAAAGGAUUACCUAGACCUGUAUAUGCGAGUUUUAAAGAAGAGGACCAAAAAACUAAAGUUACCAUAUUAUCAAACGGACUGACAGUAGCUUCGGAAAACAGAUUCGGUGCCUUUUGUACUGUUGGUGUAGUAAUAGAUUCUGGAUCAAGGUAUGAAGUCGCUUAUCCGAGUGGCAUAUCCCAUUUCCUCGAAAAGUUAGCUUUUAAUUCAACCAAACAGUUUCCUAAUAAAGACGAAAUGAUUAACAAUUUAGAAAAGCACGGCGGCAUUUGCGAUAGUCAAGCUUCUAGGGAUACUUUCAUUUAUGCAGCAUCUGCUUAUACUUCAGGUCUGAGUGACAUAAUUCAAAUCCUAGCCGAAGCCACUAUAAGACCGCAAAUCACAGAUGAAGAGCUGCUACUAGCGCGACAAGCCAUCAAUUUCGAACUGGAGACCCUCAACAUGCGUCCCGAACAAGAAACCAUCCUCAUGGACAUGAUACACGCGGCCGCGUACAGCGACAACACUCUAGGACUUCCGAAGCUGUGUCCGGCAGGUAACGUCGAAAAAAUCGACAGAAACAUGUUGAUGGACUACUUAAGCAACCACUAUUCUCCAAAAAGGAUUGUCGUAGCUGGUGUAGGAGUCGAGCAUAUGCAGCUGGUCGAUGUGGUUCAGAAAUAUUUCGUAGACAUUAACCCAAUUUGGGGCAAGGAAGGAAAAAUAGCCUGCGAUGAUAGUAUAGCUCAAUACACCGGUGGAUUUGUGCAUGAAGAAUGCGAGAUACCGCAAUUCGCUUCCGCUGGUCUUCCGGUUCUCUCCCACGUAGUUAUUGGCCUGGAAAGCUGUUCGCAUCAAGACCAAGACUUUAUUCCUAUGUGCGUACUUAAUAUAAUGAUGGGUGGCGGGGGUUCGUUCAGCGCAGGGGGCCCCGGAAAGGGCAUGUACACGAGAUUGUAUAUAAACGUGUUGAACAGGUACCAUUGGAUGUACAGCGCGACAGCUUGCAAUCACGCUUACAGCGAUACCGGGCUGUUUUGCAUCCACGCCAGUGCGCCCCCCACGCAUUUACGCGACAUGGUUGAAGUGAUAGUCAAAGAAAUGGUAGCUAUGCCGAAAAAUAUCAGUCACGAGGAGCUGAGACGGGCUAAAACGCAAUUGCAAUCGAUGCUGUUGAUGAAUUUGGAAUCUAGGCCGGUGAUGUUCGAAGAUAUCGGCAGACAAGUGCUCGCUUCGGGCCAGAGGAAGAGACCACGAUAUUUUAUAGAUGAAAUCGAGAAGGUGACCCAAGACGACAUCGUCAGAGUGGCCAAGAGGUUGUUGAGUUCGCAACCGGCAGUCGCGGCGAGAGGGGAUCUGAGGAAAAUGCCUUCUUUGGAAUACAUACAAGCCGGUUUGAUCAGCAGGGAUGGUAGAUUACCUAGCGGGAAAAAAUUAUCGUUGUUUAGGUAGAUCUGUUGAAUGGAUUUAGUUUUUUUUUAACGCAAGAUUCAAAAACGCGUCUAUUGUGGUUGUUUUGAUGUAGGGAUGUUUGGAUUUGAUUGUACAUACAUCGAUUCUAGUUAGACAUCACCCAUAAUUAUCGCUCUGUGAUCGUGAUAAGUCAAAGUUUGUACGAAAAUGUUGCUGAAUGUACAUUCAAGUUCGAACCAACCUGUAUGUAUGUUCCUAUAAAACGUCUUCAAAUUAUUGAACAAUCAAUUUUGUUACCAAAUAUUUUCUUUUGACUAUUUUUAAGUAGAAAUUCAAAUUGUCGAAUAAAUAGAGAUGGAAUCCAUACAUUUUUUACCGCACGUGUUUGUUCCUUAUUAACGUGAGUCAAAAUGGAAGAUUUUUUUUUGAGAUUCUUUCGAAUUGGUUUUUAUGUGAGAGGAUCCGUAAAGUUCUGUCCGUUUAUUAUCUAAAUUUUACGGAAAAUAUUUUAUCGGGAAGUAAGAUGGUAUUUUCUCAGUAUGUUCAAUAUUUCCAUUUCAUUAUUUGAAGCAUAUGAGUCUUUUUAAAUGUAAUAAAUUAUUGUAAUAAUAAAUAAUUUUUGUAAAUAGUA